GCGUGCUCUUGUUUGUUCAUUGAAUGUUUUUGUUUUGCUAGAGUUUGCCACCAAAAAAUAUUUAAACAUGUGGAUCAUGGUUUGAUUUAGUGGAAUUUGAUUUACUUUCGCUUUAUUUUGAUCUCUUGCAUAUUAUUAACAAUUUUCAAGAAGUUUCCAUUGAAAAAUGGGUAAAAAUCAUCGCCAUAAGAAAGACCUCAAAGCAGAAAAAGCUAAAACCAAGCUCAAACAGUCCAAAACCAAGUUUUUACCAAAGGGACAAAAUGUGACUAAUACAGCUUUUAAAAUUAAGCCCAUAGUAUUGCAAGAACAACUCAAACAGAGGUAUGCUGAUGAUAUAUUGAGUAAGAGGAAGUUGAAUGUUAAGGAUUUACUUACUCGAGUUAAACACUAUAACGAAAAUGUAAGGCAUACUGCAUGUGAAGAACUAACUGAUAUGGUCAAAUAUUACACACAAGAAAUUGUACAACAAUAUUUGUCUCAAGUUUGCCUAGCUAUAGGCAAUUUAAUGCAAGACAAGGAGAUGAAAGUAAGGAAAGCUGGUGUAAAAUGUACCGACACAAUUUUAAGUUUUGUUCCCAAUGAAAAACUAACUCCAUUCAUUGAUAUUUUUUCAACAAACCUUCGCUGUGCAAUGACAAACAUAGACAAAAACAUUCAGGAAGAUUCCCUAUCAUUUUUAGAUUGCUUCAUUAAUAAAGAUUGUGGCCUUAUAUCAAAAUCAUCAGAGAAGCUUCUCCCAGAUUUUUUAUCGUUGAUUUCUAAAUUGAGAAAUGAUUCUCAACUUGGAAGGACUUUAACUUUGAAUUUAGGCAGCAAAAUGACUAGUGUGACAUGGAGGAUUAAGGUUUUGAGUAGGCUACAUGCAGUGUUGAGUGUUAUUUUAGGCAAACAUCAUACAGAAGGUCAUAUUGAGGAAAGUGAAGACAAUAAUAAUGUAUUUAGUGCCAAUAAAACAUCAAUAUGUCCUAUAUACAAAGAAGCAUUAAAUAAAAAAAUUGAUGGUCCCAUCAUGGAUAUUUUUUCCAUAAAUAAUACACUUAACUAUAAUAACUCAGACACAAUAAAUAAGCACAUUUUAACUUUGAUACCUCUUCUAUAUGAAACGUGGUUGGAAGUUACUCCAGAGCAGAAGGUACAAAAAUCUGCAUCUGAAAGUUCAGUAUUGAGUGAAGAAAUUGCUGCUUUAUUAACUUGCAUUACCAAUACUUUAUAUUUACUGUGGCAGUAUGUUAAAAGAAUUGAAAAUGAUGAAGUUAAUCUGAAAACGGUCUUUAUGUCCUCAGAUGGACAAAAAUUCCUCAAACACUUGCUCACUGGUUUCCCAUAUUGCCAUCCAGGCUCUCGUAAAAAAUUCAAAAAUCCCAGUCUAAAAAUUUUAGAAAGCAAUACUGACGCAAGAUGUGUUCACGAAAAUUUAAUGAUAUGCUUUUUAUACUUGGUUUUAUAUGUUAAUUGUACCCAGCAUAAUUUGAUGAAGGAUAGUGGGCCUAUAAGUGCAUAUUUAACAAAAAUAUUCAUUCAGAAAAAUGCAUUGGGUGAAAAUUGUAUGCAAUGUAUUCUGGAGCUGCUUAAAGAAUGUUUUGGUAGUAACUAUCAAAAAUGGUUAAAAAGUGGUGUUGAUUUAGAUAUGAUUCUAGUAAAUUCUAUACAUUUGUAUGCAUAUGGUAGAAUAAGUGAAAAAAAUAAGUUGAAAUUAUUUCAGAUUUUGACCAAUAUUGUCAGUAACGAGCACAUGAGCAGAAAUUCCAAUUACCAAAAUUGGUUGUCAACUCUACCUAACAUUCUUUGCGAAACUUCAAUCCCUGAUACUACAAUUCUGGCACUUUUGGAACUAUCCAAAAGAAAUUGCUCCACUUUUCACAAAGCUUUAGCGCAAAAAAUACCAGAUGUAAUUGAAAACCUUGAAAAAAUUCAAAUAGUUCUAACCACAGAUUCGAUAUUGCAUAAUGAAACGGCUGCUAAAAGAAAUUUGGCAAGCAUAUUCUAUUAUCUUCCAGCAUCUUUUAGUGGAAAUAUGCAACUGUUUGAAGAAUUUAUUACCAGAACCCGAUCAGAAUUCAGAAAGCAUAUUGAAGACGUUUUGGUUUUGAGAAAAGAAUUUAGAAGAUCCUAAAUUAUAUUCAACAUUUUAUUGUACAAAUUAUAACAACACUUUUUAUAUGGAUUUUGCCCAUUUGUAUAUUAUAUUGUGAAAUAUAUUGUUUAUCUUCUAUGGUUUUUUUAUUUGCUUGUUUUUCUAAAGUAUUUUCUUUGCUGUCUUUAUAUUUUUCUUUUUUGUCCGUUUUAGCUGUUUUCACUUCAUAUUUUUUUGAAUAUAUCACUUCAGGUUCGCCACAUAGAAUAGUUAUAUUGGUAGUUGAAUUCGGUUGGAUUUUAUGGUACUUUUCAAGAGAUUUAAGUUCAAUAUGUGAGCCACUUGCUG